AGCAGCUAAGCCAAAUCAUUCACGAAAUCGUGAACGGUCUUCUUGUCUCAAGUGUAAACCAUUCAAUUCAAUGUAGUGCACGAAUGGGAUUCAAUAAACAAUUCGCUCAGGUAUUGUUUGAUGAAAUGCCUGUGGAAUGAGCAUUUCUCGGAGCCUUGAAGUUUGGAAAUUGGGCACUGUCAACUACUUAAAGGCACUCAAGCUUCAAGAAAAGCUAGUAUCAGAUAGAAAAACCGAUAUUAUUUCUGAUACUCUGUUAUCCCUUCAGCAUCCACCUACAUACACCCUUGGUAAACGGAGAACUGACCACAACUUAUUAGUCCCCGAACAUGACCUAAAAGACAUAGGAGCAGAACUUCACUACACGCAGAGGGGAGGAGACAUCACGUUUCACGGUCCACACCAAGCUAUCUUAUAUCCCAUUGUCUCCCUUCGCAAUAUUGGACUCGGUGCCCGGAGUUAUGUGGAGAAACUCGAGUUGACUAUGAUUGAAUUGGCAUCUUUAUACAGUGUCAAAGCUUGCGCUGGAAAAAGGUGUGAGACAGGAGUGUGGGUAGGAGAGAGAAAGAUCGGUGCUAUUGGAGUCCGGAUUUCGUCUGGGAUUACUUCUCAUGGCUUGGCAUUUAACAUGGAUCCUGAUUUGAGCUAUUUCAAGCAUAUCGUGCCUUGUGGGAUUGCAGAUAAGGAAGUUACUUCUCUGAGAAGAGAGACUGGUGAGGUGCUUCCUGCUGAAGAAGUGAUCCAGGAGCAGUUGGUUUCUUGUUUUGCUAGAGUGUUUGGUUAUAGUGAUGUUAUUUGGAAGGAGAAUGCAUCAAACUUGUGGGGAAACCCAAGUAAUGAAUGAGUGGUUUCCACACGUACUGUAUCACCAAAAUAGAGACCUGGAUUAUGUACUUGUAAAGUCUAAGCACACAACUUUAGAAUAAAACUCCGGACAUAACCGUGCCCAGAAUCGCUCAAUUCAUGUAGACCCAUGUGCACCGAAUAGUUCCAGACAAGUUUGUGUCCGGAGUUAUGUUUUAAAGUUGUAUGCGUAGCGUUGCUCGUAUGUAUUCACAUCCAUUUGUUUUCUUUUA